AUGGAAGAUACUCCUGAUCUCACUUACCCCGACGGAGGGAGUAGUUCAAGUCAACAGCUCACAACUCUACAGGAACUGAACAUCGGUAACUUAAGAAAACAACUGCUUUCUCAAUGUGAUUUCAGUGUGGCCGAUAUCGAAAGUUGGAAAUCCAUGGGCUUGUCAGUGAAAGAUCUAAAACAUUUAGAACUGGACGACCUUCUUAAGAGUCCAGUGCUAACACCGUCAUAUCAGGUAACCAAGUUCCAAUGGCUGCAGACCCAAUUAGAAGCUUCGGCGUUAGACAAAACACACAGUCUCUCUGCACAUAAUUCUCUGGUAGACACUGUCACCAUUACGAAUCAGAACUUUCUAAAAGUAAGCGAAGAGAGCGAGAAGUCGUUUGUCACUGAAAAUUCGGAACUGUCAGCGGUAAAGCUCGAAGAAAUGUUAGGCACUAUCAAAUUGUCUGAUGUCAACAAUAUACAGCAAUGCCUGACGCAGUUCAACUUGACCGAACGGCCGGAAUCAGAAACAUCUGUUCCGGCUAUCUCUCCAGUUUCCAGCCAUCUCAGUUUUGCUGACACAUCCCCAGAAAAAUGCGCAAUAGCAAAUUCACACCCAGCUUCAAUUUUAAAUCAUCUCAGCACAGACUUGUCAGAAGAAUUGUCCGAUAAUGGCUGUGCGUCGUUGUUUACCGAUGAUGUAUUGAAACAAGAUCCCCUAAUGAUGGACAAGGCCUUUUCAACUGAUAACAUUCCCAGAACCGGUCAAUCAGAAAGUUCAAGGCGAAAAAGUAAUCAGGAAAAUAUGAAACCUAAGUUGAGCGACGGAGGCAAAAGAGAUUAUAAACAUCCACUCAAUCGUUAUGAAGAAUCGAAAAAUGUUAGCAGCGUUCCUCGUGCCCACGAGAAAGCCAACGAUAUAAAAACGCCAAGAUCAGAACAAACGUUAGAAUAUAACGCAGGAGAGAAAAAAGUAUGCGAUCACGUUGUUUUAAAUCUACCUCCGACGAAGGCAACAGACAGAACGGAUUGUACGCGAAAAGAAAUAGUGCAUUCAAACAAAAACGAAGAAUCCGUUGUAAAGAGCGUCAUCAUUAGCUUUUCGCAAGAGAAGGUGAAGGUUAUCACUGGCCUUGUGAAGGAAGACGUCCGCCAGCCAAUGAAAGACCUUGUGCAAGUUACGACGGGUUUAGGAACGAAAGAAAUAAAUACACUGGAGCAAGAGAAAGGAUGGAGGGAAUAUCCUCCGAUAAAUCUAAGUAUCGAUCCCCUUGUAUCAAGGGAAUUAGAUGCCCUUGCCUCGUUCCGAGAUGAUAUUGAUGACGCAAGAACUCCAGCAAACUUCACACAAAAUAAUGGCGAAGAAAUUAUAAGAAAUGAAGAAAGCUGUGCAGCUGGAAUUAAAACGAUUUUACCACCGGAAAAAGCGGUAUUACAUUCUGAGCAGGAAAAGAAUGCGGAAGGCAAGAAUGAAACGAAGACUGGUGAUGAUUGUUAUUCAAGUGGAAAACUAAACAUAGGUGGUCAUCAUCAAAAUAACAUUGACGAUUUGAGCGGAGUAGCUCAAGACCGUUUCAUGCAAAAUGAAACAUCCCAGAAAAUAGAAGUAGAAAAUGAUAAUAACUUAACAGAAAUCAGUCCGCAGCAUAAAAUAUGUGAUAAUACGACAAUAACUGAUGUCGUGGAGGAGGCAAAAUAUAAGAAUAGCAGCUUCAUUUAUACAAAUGGAAUAAAUGAAAGUGCAGACACAGAUAUGAAUGAAACAGAUGUCGUUACAAAUUAUAGUGAAGAGAGCAGAGAUCUUUACGAAGAAAAACUGAAAGAAGAUUCCAUAAACGAGACAACAAAAAUGGAAGUAACUGGGGUUAUUGAUAAAAAAGACACUAGUACUUUUGAACAGAAUGAUAGCGAAACUCAUUUUUUUUCUGAGAAUGUACAAAGUUAUGUUAAUUGCCAAAAUGAAAAUAUGUCUUCGGUAAAUCAUUUCAGUGACGAGAAGAAUGUGCAACUGAAUGCAGAAAUUAAGCAGGUCGUCAAUGAUUCGGAAAAUAGCGAUUCAUUUUAUUAUCCAGAUAAGAUUAGCAAUGACCACAAUGAAUGCGUGGAUGACCUCAGGCAAGAUACAAUAAAAAUGGUAUCUUUAAUUAAUGAAAACGGCGAAUACAGAUAUGCAAAUGGAGUUGCUGAUAUAAACGCAAGGGAGAUAACUGAGACGAAAUACGAAAAACGAAAUCACGAAAAGGAUUCCGACACUGAACCAACCGAAGUUUUCGAAGAAAACGCUAAACAACUGUCUGAACCUGUUGAAGAUAUUGAUGGUCGAAUCUUCGUGGUCAAAAUGGCAGUCGCUACAUGCAAAACUGAAGGCGCUGCUACUAAAUGUCAACUUCAAACUUUAGAAACAAACAAGGAAUUAAAGCUUACAGAAUCUCCUAAACCAUUUCAUUUGACCGCUUCGACAAGUUCUAUAUUAACGGUUAAUAACCACAACAUACAACCAAGUGGCAGUCUUUGUAUUACGUACGAAAUUCAAAAAGAUUUUCCUGAGACAGAACAGUCGAUCAUUUCCCAGGAGAAAGUAGAUGUCAUCACCUCUAAGUUCUCGCCUGCAGAUAACUCUGGUUCUGACACUAAAAACACGUUUAUAGAAUCACCUUCACCGAUAGACGAGACUAGAAUUCUAGAAUAUCAUGAGGCACCUCAGUCCAUUGAUUUUCUAAAGUCAACGACGGUAAGUUCGAACGACACUGCUGAUUGUAGUCCUGCGCCAAUUAAUUCUUCACUUCCCGAUUUAAACCAAACCAAUGUUGGAAACCAGCAAGCGAAAGUCAGUGAUGUUGCUGACGAAACAGUCGUUAAAACGGAUCCCAUUUCGGACCUCGAAUCAAUUUCUGCAGUGCAGAGCAAUACGCAAAAUGUUGAAACUGAAAAACAAACUCAAGAGGCCAUUUGUUUAAAAACAAGCCCGGAUAUAAUCAAUUUAUUAAUUACUUGCCCCCAAUUGAUAACUGAUGAGCCUGAAACAGUCGAACCAAUCAGUACUUUAAUAAAAAACGAUCUCGACGCUAAUGUAUGCAAAACGAAAGAAAACCUCUUUGAAACACAGCACGAGGAUGCGAUUUCUGGUUUGAAGAAAGAUGACCCGUCAUGCCUAGCGCUAAAAGAAACAGAUGAAGAAAAAUACCGACCGAUAAAUCGGAGCGAUUGUAACUCCGAACAGGAAAGCAUGACUGGGAUUACACCUGACGUUGCUUCCGCCGAAAAGGAAAUAAACGCAGAAGUUCAGGUCGGAAUGUCUGUGUCUCCUGUUCGCAUUCCUGAAAUAUCAGCGUGUGCAGAAGUCAGGGUCAGCCAGAAGAAUGAAACACAAAAUGUUGAACCAGUCACCAAGUCUGUCACAAGCAAAGUCGAAAUCACGACUAGUCACAUGAUUCGCCAACCCCAAGAGGAUUUACUGAAUGGUAAGCCAAAUGAAAAGAGUGCCAGACGUUUUGAACAGGAAGAUGCUUGCCAAAGAUUAUGGGAAAGCAGUGACAACAGCGUGAAGAUUUGUCAUUUCUCUCAAAGCCAGAAGCCACCGUCACCGUCGACGGUUAUCAAAGAGAUCCUCAGAACUGAGUCGUCCCAAAUCUUCCGAACAGAAAAUGAACGAAAGAUAUUUGCUAAAAGUGUCGAAUUCAGCAAAAGUUUGCAAAAGGAGUCAACGAGAUUCAAAGUGACCAAGAAUAUUUAUCAAGUCCAACAACGUAAGUCGAGCUAUGGACAAAUGAAAAUGAUAGAGAAGGGACUCAAAAACAUCCCUGCAAGAAAAUACCGCGCCAGAGAGACUAGUUUUGAGAAGGAUGCAAAAAUAGCGCAUAAAAUUCAACAAAUGACUUCUGUUCCUGAUGUCAGCAAAACCACUUCACAAAGAAAACAAACUGAUGUACAGAACAGUAAAAAAAUCGCUAAGUCCAUAAUAAAGAACGUUAAUAUUUUGGAGCCGAUGAAAUCGCAAAAAAGUAAGGAAGUUUCCGAGAGAAACUCAAAUCCAAAGAAUAGUUUUAAAAAAUCUAUUUCAUUAAACUUGAAGAAUGAGAAAACAAUCACCGUUCCAACCGAAGUUUUUGGCAGCCAAAGUUCUGGGGAUACUAUUUACCAAGAAAGAAUUCUCUCAGGAAACUACUAUGAGUCAGAAAAAUCCGAUGGCAAAGGUGAUACUUGUGAUAAAUUUUCUGCCGAGGACAAUAUACAUUACAGCUCAAAAGAUGAUGGCAUGAUCAGUCAUAGAAACAGUAAAACUGCUAAACAGAGCUCCGUUCAAUGUAUCUCGAUGACCGAAUGUGAAAAUAAAGGAAAACUUUGUGAUUUAUCUGUUCAUAAUAAGAACGUUAAAAAAACAAAAUAUUUGCAAGCAAGGUUGUUAGAAUCAUGCCAGGGAACUCUGUCACCUGUAUGGAUAUCGUCUCGGGAAAUGUCACCUCAGACUACCCCAAUAGCUAAUAGGGUCACACGGUCUCUCACAUUUGAUUCGAAUUCUCCAAAUUCGCUUCCCAAAGUAGAGAAAACAAUUCAACAUAGUCACUCUUGCUCCUUACAGAAAUUAUGCUCAAAAGAAUUCCGCAUUCCUUCCAGCUCAGGAUUCCACCCACAAUGCAAUUCUCCCGAAUUCGACAUGGAACUUGUCUCCUCUGAGCAAAGAGAGAAUUGUUCUCACGUGACCACUAAAAAAAUCACCGAGGAAGAAAACUUGCUCUCGUGCAUGCGCGACCCCUCUGAUUCCUCCUCGUCGACACUGGCCGAACGUAACCAAGACGGAAGGUACACACCUUUCUCUCUGGGGAAUCAGGUGACCACUUCGUCGAGCGACUUAACUGUGUUUCCGAUUUCAUGUACGGAGAUACGUAACGAAAAGGGCAAAAUGUACACAUACCCAAAUCUAAACGACUACAAAACGAAUAGAAGCUUUCCAGACCAGGGGCACUUUUUGCGGACGCUCUGCAACCGCUUCAGGGAUAAUGUAUCUCCUGAUGAUUCGGCUCAGGGCCCCAAAAGCAAAAAGGCUACUUACUUGACUGAAUCAAUAUUUGAUAAUUUGAGCCGAAAGAAACGUCAUGAUCUUUAUGAACAGUCGGCUCCAUUGCCGCCGCCUCCUUCUCCUCCUUCUCCUCCAAAGGGUUUAUUCCAGCGUCCCUGCAACAACCUAGAAUCAGACCUGCCACCGAUACCAAAGACAUUUGGAAAAGAGCAUCAUAAUUUCAAGAAUCUGCAAGAACUGAAAGCAUUGGAGAAAAGUCUCAAAAGAGAAACUUCUCGAAUUAAAAAACCUCCUCAAGUAAAAUUUCAGCCGUAUAUAUUUACAAGUUUGGAGCCCUACUAUGACACUAGUCUUGUGCGAUACAUGAUGGAAAACCCUCAUGGGCCUUAUCCUGGUUAUCGAAGUCGCCAGACAGCUUUGGGCUUGUGUGAUCCAGCUGAAGACCUCAAGCUGGACACAUACAUUCUUCCAAAGGUUUCAGUUAAAACACUCAAGAAAAUACAAGAUAGAUACAAAAAAGGAAAAAAGUCCAGUGAAAGACAACCUCUACCAAAAUCUUCCAGUACAAGAUCAUCAACAUUUCCUAUGGUCAAUCUUCAGAGUCAGAAUUUGACAAAACGUCAACUGACUUUUAGUGAUGUCCCAAUGUUGAGGUGA